AUGUCGCAACCAACAUACCCAAUGUUCCUUCCGGACGAGUCGCUGGAAAUCCGAUCGGACUCGGAAAACGAAGAAGACCUCUCAACGUCCUCCAACGUGCCGUCGUCAGCAACCUCGCUCGAAGACGAAGGCAAGCUCCUCACACACCACCACGUCAUGCCCGAAGACACGGUCAAUCCCCGUGACUUUGUGGACGUGCGACGAAUCAUCCACAAAAUCUUCCCACAGUGUGUGUUUUCGGCCAACGACCCCCGUGUUGAAAUCGCUCAGCUCAAGGGUGGUAUCACAAACAUGCUGUUGCUGGUGAGCUACCCGAACCCCAGCAAGGACGGCGGUCGAGAUCACGUGCUUGUGCGGGCUUACGGCAACGGCACAAGCACCAUAAUCGACAGAGAUCGAGAGCUGGCCACCCAUCUUCAUCUUCAUUCCCAUGGCCUAGCCCCCACGCUUUACGCUCGACUUUCUAACGCACUCAUCUACGAGUACAUUCCCGGAAAGGCCGUGGAAUACACGGAUCUGAGCCGUCCUGAAAUUAUGAGCGGAGUAGCUAGCCGACUGGCCGAAUGGCACCACAAACUCGACAAGAAGGCCAUCGAGAGCGAAAUGACGCGCCUCAAGGCCCUGGAAAAGCCCAGCGAACAGAGCACGUCGUCACGGGACAUCUACGAGCUGCUGGAGGAAUGGAUCAACGUUCUUCCUCGGGAGACCGAUGCCCAGAAGAAGCGGGUUGAGGACGUGACCAACGAGUUGGCGUGGAUCAAAAAGACCAUCUCGAAUCAGGGAGGCCCUAUUGUCGUGGGUCAUUGCGACUUGCUCAGCGGAAACAUCAUUGUUCCUGAGAACUGGACCCCAGCGGAACUCAAGGGCCAUGGCAAGAGUCACCAGAAGCCUCUCACUGGGUCCCAAGCUGCGUUUACGGAGGAAAACAUUGGUCACGUAAAGAGAGAAAAGAUGACUGACCCUGCCAAGCCUGCGGUAGACGGAUUUGCUCCAUCCACUCUCACCUCCUUCAUUGACUAUGAGUACUCCAUUCCCACUCCCCGAGCAUUUGACCUCGCCAACCAUUUCAUGGAGUGGCAGGGCUUUGACUGUGUGGUUGAGCUCAUUCCCGAGCCGUCCACCUCCAACCCCGUGAUGCGAACAUGGGCUGCUCAGUAUCUCGAGUCUCUGGCGUACUUUGAGGGCAAGUCCGAGCCUACUAAGGUGACGGAGCAGGCCGUGGACUCACUCAUCACCGAGAUUGCAACCUGGUGGGGCAUGCCUGGUUUCUACUGGGGCAUCUGGGCCAUUAUCCAGGCCACUAUUUCGGAGAUUGACUUUGACUACGCAGAGUAUGCUGAGAAGAGACUGUCUGAGUACUACAAGUGGAAGAAGGGAAGAGAGGCAAAGUAA